GUCACCGUGCUCGACGUUGAAGACGAUGGGAGAAGACCGUGAGCGACAUUCAACAUCCAAGAAUAAACGCAGCAGAGACAAGGACGAGCACAAAAGCAAGAAAAAACGCAAGUCCGAACACAAAUCCCACAAACGCAAGUCUCACACGGAAGCAGUCAACAUCACGGACGAUGACGCCAACGACGAUGAUAUGUGGGUGGAGAAGAACAUCGACAACGACGGGGAACGGCUUCUUGCAACGGAUAUUCCAACCGCAGAGAGUUUGAAGAUCACGACUCAUGCAACUGCCGGAGAGGCAGACCCACCGCUGCCACCUAGCUUGACAACGGAAACGAAACUACAGCGCGAUGAGUGGAUGCUCAUGCCAUCUGGCGGUGUUGCAGAACCUUUGAAUUCGUCGAGGUCAUCGGCCCGAGGAUUACCCACAGGAGGCGAGACUAUUACAGAGGACUACGGCGAAACCUCCUCAAGCCAACGCACACCUGCCGGAGGCGUCGACUUCUUUUCUUCUCUCGGCACCGAACGCAAGCGACCACCGCGACCUGACAAACCUGAUCCUGACAAGAUCAAAAUCAGUUCUAAAGAAAUCAACCAAGACAUCCGUGCUGGACGUUCAGUCGAUAAUGAUGUACCUCCCCCACCUCCAAAAGCCAUAACCCCUGGUGGCCCAGGCUCUAAUUGGCGCAUGAUGCGUCUCCGGCGCGUAUACGAGACCGCAGAUGAGGAAAACAAACCCAUUGAAGAAGUUGCGCUCGAGCGUUUCGGUACGCUUCAAGCAUUCGAAGAGGCCAAAGAAGAACGGCGCAUCCUUGACGAACGUCCAGGCAAACAGGUCGAGGGCGGGAGACCGGCGGGGAGAAGGCGGUUCAUGUUUACUGAUGUUGGCGCGAGCGGCACUUCGUCCCGUAGCUCGUCCUUCAGACGCCCUGGUUCGGGUCCAACGGGAAGUACCCCGUCCACGCCAUCCCCCACCAAUCCGCCUGCGAACAAGCGUCUCGACUCUUUACGUUUGCCUUCGCAGGCCGCAUCGCCACUCGCGCAGUCACAUACGCCAAUACCGAGCGUCAUGACGCCAUCUGUGGCGUCGACGAGCACGCGCCGCGCUAUGUCGCCUUCAUCGCUGAACAAGUUACAAGCUCGGGUUCUCCGUGCAAAAUUGAUGAACGCGCCAAACGCUGAGAAGCUUGAGGAAGAGUACGAAGCAGAGGUGAAGCGGGCGAACAGUGAGGAGGGAGGAGUCAGGACGCGUGUGGAAGUGCUACCGACAUUGGAUGCCAGGGGACAAAUGUAUGAUGUUGGUCAUGGCAAGGAUGACGCAGAGAAGGGGCCCGGUAAUAAGCGGAAGAAAGAGAAGUUUGAAACGCGUGACGCGAAGACCGGAGAACUUCUCAGGUAUAACGCUGAUGAUGAUGAGAUCACGCUGGGAGAGAUGGUUAGGCAGGAGCGGUUUGGAGCGGGAAUGGCGGACCAGAAGAAUUUGGAUGCACAAUUCGCGAAGGCUAUCAUGGGAGAUGGCAAAUUUCAGAAUGAUCUUGACUACAUGGAUGAUAAUGCGGAGCGACUUGGGCGGCAGAAGAUGCGAACUGACGCAAUGAAACGGCAGUUUGCUGUUCACGACUACAAGCGCACUCAAAAAGCCCUCGCAACAUGCCAGUUCUGCUACGGUGAAGACGAUUCCCCUCCAAAAGCGCCUGUUGUGGCGAUGGGCACACAAGUCUACCUCUCUUGCACCCUGAACGAGGAACUUCUAGAUGGCCAUUGUCUCAUAGUGCCUAUGCAACAUCACCUUACAAUGCUGGAGGCUGAUGAUGACGUUUGGGACGAAGUGCGGAACUUCAUGAAAAGCGUCAUGCGUAUGUUCGCCGAAGAAGACAAAGGAGUCAUCUUCUACGAAACUGUCAUCUCCCUCAAGCCGCAAAAGCAUACCUGCAUUGAGUGUGUACCACUCCCAUGGGACAAGUACGACGACAUCCCAGCGUACUUCAAGGAGAGCAUCCUCGCAUCUGAAGCAGAGUGGUCGACACAUAAGAAGCUUAUCGAUUUCUCCGCGCGGCCUGGGGGGUUCAGACGUGCGAUGGUGCCGAACCUUCCGUAUUUCAUGGUGCAGUUUGACUAUAAGGGGGAGAAGGGGUACGGGCAUGUCAUUGAGGGCACGGGAGAGUCUGCGGCAACUGGCGAGGAGGAUGGGGCGUUAGAUGAAGGGGAUAAAGGUGGUGGGGAUUUUCCGAGGUAUAUAUUUGCGGGAGAGAUUAUUGGGAAUGUGCUGGAUCUUGAUCCACGUCGGUGGAUGCGACCACGGAGGGUUGACUAUCGGCAUAACAAGGAUCGGAUACAAAGGUUGAAGAAGAUGUAUGACAAGUUUGAUUGGACAGGGUUGAUCGGGAAGUCAUAAUGCAUUUGUUCGCUGUUCUGUUGUGUUGCUGCCUUGAUGCCGUAUAUUACAAAGGCUUGUGUUUUUUUUCUGCGGCCUGUCA